GGGCAGGGCAGCCAGUGCGACAGCCCCAAGCAGGAGAGCCCACCCCUCCCGCUGCCCUCCGCCGUGAAGUCCAAAUCAUCCAGUGAGAGCAAGAACCGUCACAAAAAGCCCAAGGACACCAAGCCCAAGGUGAAGAAGCUGAAGUACCACCAGUACAUCCCUCCAGACCAGAAGGCAGAGAAGUCUCCUCCACCCAUGGACUCUGCAUAUGCCAGACUCCUCCAGCAGCAGCAGCUUUUUCUGCAGCUCCAGAUCCUCAGCCAGCAGCAGCAGCAGCAACAGCAACAGCAGCAGCACUUCAACUACCCAGGGAUGCACCAAGGCCAGCUAAAGCAAUCAAAUGAGCAAAUGGUCAAAAGUUCAAAUUCUUCAUCAACUUGUGUCAACACCACCCCUCUUUCUCCUGUGAAAACCACCUUUUCAGGCCAGACUUGUGUCUCAUCUAUCAAGCCAGGCCCUCUGCCGUCUAACCUGGAUGAUCUGAAAGUGUCAGAACUGAGACAGCAGCUCCGAAUACGAGGCCUGCCUGUGUCAGGUACCAAGACAGCGCUGAUGGAACGGCUGCGGCCCUUCCAGGAGUGCGGCAGCAGCACGGUACCAAACUUCAGCGAGAUCACCACCGUCACCUUCCCCGUCACUCCAACAAGCACCCUGUCGAGUUACCAGUCACAGUCCUCCACCAGCAUGUUAUCAAAUGGCUUCUACCACUUCGGCAGCACCAGCUCCACCCCACCCAUCUCUCCAGCCUCCUCUGACCUCUCCGUGAGUGGCUCUUUGCCAGACACAUUCAACGACGGGCCCAUGUCUUCUCCACAGUUCGGUCUCCAGCCAUCUCCAGUUCAUGGCAGUGCCGAAGAAAGCCUCAUGAGCAGCAUGAAUGGCGGGAGCAUCCAGCUGGAGCUGGAAGGGAUUGACACAGAGAAAGACAAGAUGCUGGUGGAGAAGCAGAAGGUCAUCAAUGAACUGACAUGGAAGCUACAGCAAGAGCAGAGACAGGUGGAGGAGUUACGGAUGCAGCUCCAGAAGCGAAAGAGAAGCAAUGGCCUUGAGGAGAAGCAGCAGCCUGCUCAGCGUUUCUUUGGUGUCCCCAUCAAGCAAGAAAACACAGUGUCCAGCUGUCCAUUUGCAUCCAAACAAACUGCCUUGAAAGGCCAAGCCAGCAGCUCAGAUAAGUUGAGUAACUGUGGGGUGCCACAGCUGCCUCACAUUGUAAAUAGCCACUGCCUGGAGCCCGGGGGACAAAGCACCAUCACCUCCUCGACAUUCCUGAGCCCGCAGUGCUCCCCGCAGCACUCUCCACUCGGGGCUGCAAAAAGCCCCCAGCACCCCCCCCCCCCCCCCCCCCCCAGCCACUAUCUCCUCUCAGUGUCCCCUGGCUCGCAGGCAGAAGGGCGCAGCGGGUCCCCACAGACCAACAGUUGCCUUCGCACAGCGCCGCACAUGACACGAAGUCAGCAGAUGGAUGAGCUCCUGGACGUGCUGAUUGAAAGCGGAGAAAUGCCAGCCAAUGCUAAGGAAGAUCGGUCCUGCCUCCAGAAGGUACCUCAGAUAACAGUGUCUACAGGGAACUCCAGCGCUUCUCUUCCAAAGUCAUCCACCACAUUUGAGCAGGUCUCCUCAGCCCAGCUCUCCUUCGAGCACUGUCCAGGCAACAGUGAUGCUCAACUCGAGGUCCUGCUGUUUUUGAAUGCCCACAGUCCCCUGGGGAGGGUCAGUGAAAUUGCCCUGCUGAAGAUGGGGGGAGAAGAGUCUCACUUCGAAGGGAUGAUGGAGGGCUUCUCCAGCAAAGCUGCAGAUGAACUGCUCACCUCCCAAGAGAUUUUACAGACUCCCCUCUCACCCAUGGAAACCCAGCUCUCCCCUUCCCCUGCCGAUGGCUCCGGUUUACAGAUGAGUUUCACUGAGUCUCCGUGGGAAACGAUGGAGUGGCUGGACCUCACCCCCCCCAGCUCCGCCACUGGCUUUGGCUCGCUCACCCCCGCAGGUCCCAGCAUCUUCAACAUCGAUUUCCUGGAUGUUACUGACCUCAAUCUAAACACCAGCAUGGACCUGCACCUGCAGCAGUGGUGA